AUGAAAAAGUUAGGCUAUCUCGAAAAAGUUACUGGAAUGGUUAUGAUGUUUGAAUCCGAAGCAGCUGAUCAGGCUAUAGAACCGUAUAUAAAUGAAAAUGUUGACAUAAAUGAUUUUGUGGAAUCAACAUAUGAAUCUGACGAACUUAACGAUUUCGGAGUGAACAUUGAAUUUGACGAAGAUGAUGUUAAUAAUGAAAGGAUAUUGGGAAAGGUUUUUGAUACACCCGAUGAUGCCUAUACAUUUUAUAAUAAUUAUUCUUUUUUGCAUGGCUUUGGUAUACGUAGAGAUGAUACAAUUAAAAAUCCUAAAACAAAUGAGCCUUUUCGGAAGAUAUAUGUAUGCAACAAAGAAGGUUUCAAACGGACAGACAAAAAUGAUUCAAGUGAAAAUGAGAAAAAACGUCGUAGAGAUGUUAGAACCGGAUGCCAAGCAAAGCUUCGAAUAACAAGACAAGAGGACGGGAAGUGGUUGGUGGACUCGUUUAAUGACACACACAAUCACGACUUGACCAUGACACCUACAAAGGUGAUGAAGCAUCGAUCUCAUAGCAAUUUCCACCGUUCAAUAGAAGGUAAAUCUCUUAUGGUGCAAUUUGGUCAAGUAGGGUUGAAACCUUCUCAGAUUAAAAAGGCUGUUAAUACAAUGAAAACCUCAAAUGUAGCUGAUGUAACUUCAAAACAAUGUGUUGAUGUCUUAUCUGAGCAUCGAAAACAACAUAGAGGAAAGGAGUUCUAUGGACUUAUAAAACAUUUUCAAGAUAAAACAUUAGUUGACAGUGACCAGUAUUUUGUCGUAGAUUUGUCUGAUGAUGGGUAUCCUAGAAAUAUCUUUUGUGCUGAUGGUAGAUCAAGAGAUGCCUAUACAAAAUUCAGAGAUGUUGUGUUUGAUGUCACUUAUAUGACUAACAAAUUCAAGAUGCCUUUUGCUCCCUUUACUGGGGUGAAUCAUCAUGGGCAGUCAAUACUUUUUGGUGGAGCAUUGCUUGAAAAUGAAAAGCAAGAGACAUUUGAAUGGUUAUUUGAACAUUUCCUCAAAUGUAUGUUUGGCACGUAUCCGAACGCGAUUAUUACCGAUCAAGACAAAGCAAUGGGCAAUGCCAUAAAAAAAGUGUUUCCAAAGACUCGACAUCGCUUUUGUGCAUGGCAUAUCAGGAAGCAUGAAACUGAGCACCUUCGAUCGUAUGUUUCCCGUUACAGUGAUUUUCAAGAGACGCACAGAAAAUGGGUAAAUAGUGACACCAUUGAACAAUUUGAAGCAACAUGGGAAGAUAUGCGAAUUAAGUAUGAACUGGAAAGCAAUUGUUGGCUUAGUGACAUGUAUAACCAACGUAUACAUUGGGCUAAACCUUUCUUGAAGGAUAUUUUCUUUGCUGGUAUGACCACAAUCGGGCGAAGUGAGAGUAUCAAUUCAUUUUUUAAUGGAUUUGUUAACUCGAGGACCAUGUUGAAUGAAUUCGUUGUACAAUAUGACAAAGCAGUUGAGUCACGAAGGGCUGCCGAAGAAGAUGAAGACUUCAAGACAAUGAACUCAAGGCCGGUUCUUUCUUCAGUGCAUCCAAUCGAAGCAAAAGCAGGUCAACGUUAUACUAGAAAAAUGUUUGAUACUUUUAAAAAAGAAUGGACUGAAGCUAUUACCAAUUUGACUCACGAGACUCUAAUAAAAACUAUAGAAGAAAGUACAUAUAGAGUUGGCCAAUUGGACGUUGAUAAAAAAUAUUGGCGUAUUGUUACCUUUCGUUCUUUAAAUCAAGUCAACGUCACAUGUUCUUGUUCUAUGUAUGAGACAAAUGGGAUUUUAUGCAAGCAUAGCUUAUACGUGAUGAAGAAGAAGAAUGUUCAAGAACUGUCGAGUCACUAUAUUUUACCGCGAUGGACCCUUGAUGCUAGGUACAAACUGGGUAGUGUUAGUAUCGGACUUGGAGAAAUAAAUAAUGAAAAUGGAGUUAGUGCCUACACAUUAUUUUGUGUCCGUUCAAAUUUUACUAAACUAAUUGAACAAUCAAGGGACUCUCCAUCGGAGAUACAAAAACUCAAUACGAUAUUGAUACGUCUUUUAGAUGAUCAAGCAAACCGAAAGACAUCUGUGUCUUUGGAGAAUGCAUCUCAAAGUUCUUGUAUGGGAGUUUCGCAAGUAGAUAUGAUGCCACAGUUAUCUAUCCGUGAUCCUCUUGGUCCAACUACUACAAAAGGGCGUCCUAAACUUGCAAGUAGAAUCAAGUCUUCUUUAGAAGCCCCCAAAAAACGAACAUGCUCUUACUGUCAAGGAUUGGGUCAAUAUGCUACAAGUUGUUCAAAAAGAAAGGCGGAUGAAUCGUUGCAAGAGACAUAA